CCCGCUCCGGAAGCGCGUUUCUUUCUGCUUCCACGUCGCUGGCGAAAGGGCCUUUUAUCGCGAUAGUUCCAUCUUUCCUCGAAGGCCUCCGCCGCACCUACAUCGCGCGAGACCGCGGAGCGAGCAGGAGCGUGUGGCGCGCGCGGCGGCCGCGACGGGCGCAAGAUGGCGACGGCAACCAUAGCUCUCCAGGUCAAUGGCCAGCAAGGAGGGGGGUCCGAGCCGGCGGCGGCGGCGGCAGUGGUGGCAGCGGGAGACAAAUGGAAACCGCCACAGGGGACAGACUCCAUCAAGAUGGAGAAUGGGCAGAGCACAGCCACAAAGCUGGGACUGCCUCCCCUGACGCCUGAGCAGCAGGAGGCCCUCCAGAAGGCCAAGAAGUACGCCAUGGAGCAGAGCAUCAAGAGCGUGCUGGUGAAGCAGACCAUCGCGCACCAGCAGCAGCAGCUCACCAACCUGCAGAUGGCAGCAGUGACAAUGGGCUUUGGAGAUCCUCUCUCACCUUUGCAAUCGAUGGCAGCUCAGCGGCAGCGGGCACUGGCCAUCAUGUGCCGGGUCUACGUGGGCUCUAUCUACUACGAGCUGGGCGAGGACACCAUUCGCCAGGCCUUUGCCCCCUUUGGGCCCAUCAAGAGCAUUGACAUGUCCUGGGACUCUGUCACUAUGAAGCACAAGGGUUUUGCCUUUGUGGAGUACGAGGUCCCAGAAGCUGCACAAUUGGCCUUGGAGCAGAUGAACUCGGUGAUGCUGGGCGGCAGGAACAUCAAGGUGGGCAGGCCCAGCAACAUAGGGCAGGCCCAGCCCAUCAUAGACCAGCUGGCAGAAGAGGCACGUGCUUUCAACCGAAUCUACGUGGCUUCUGUGCACCAGGACCUCUCGGACGAUGACAUCAAGAGCGUGUUUGAGGCCUUUGGCAAGAUCAAAUCUUGCACGCUGGCCCGGGACCCUACGACUGGCAAGCACAAGGGCUAUGGUUUCAUUGAGUAUGAGAAGGCCCAGUCGUCUCAAGAUGCCGUGUCUUCCAUGAACCUCUUUGACCUGGGUGGCCAGUAUUUGCGGGUGGGCAAGGCUGUCACACCCCCCAUGCCCCUGCUUACACCUGCCACACCUGGAGGCCUCCCGCCAGCUGCUGCUGUGGCCGCAGCUGCAGCCACAGCCAAGAUUACGGCUCAGGAAGCAGUGGCGGGAGCAGCGGUGCUGGGCACUCUUGCCACGCCUGGACUGGUAUCCCCUGCACUGACUCUGGCCCAGCCCCUGGGGGCUUUGCCUCAGGCUGUCAUGGCUGCCCAGGCCCCAGGAGUCAUCACAGGUGUGACCCCAGCCCGGCCCCCCAUUCCAGUCACCAUUCCUUCUGUGGGAGUGGUGAACCCCAUCCUCGCCAGCCCUCCAACGCUGGGUCUCCUGGAGCCGAAGAAGGAGAAGGAGGAGGAGGAGCUGUUUCCUGAGUCAGAGCGGCCGGAGAUGCUGAGUGAGCAGGAGCACAUGAGCAUCUCGGGCAGCAGUGCCCGCCACAUGGUCAUGCAGAAGCUGCUCCGCAAGCAGGAGUCCACAGUGAUGGUUCUUCGAAACAUGGUGGACCCCAAGGACAUCGACGACGACCUGGAGGGAGAAGUGACCGAGGAGUGUGGCAAAUUUGGUGCUGUCAACCGCGUCAUCAUCUACCAGGAGAAGCAGGGCGAGGAGGAGGAUGCAGAGAUCAUUGUCAAGAUCUUUGUGGAAUUUUCCAUGGCCUCCGAGACUCACAAGGCCAUCCAGGCCCUCAAUGGGCGCUGGUUUGCUGGCCGCAAGGUUGUGGCUGAAGUGUAUGACCAGGAGCGUUUUGAUAACAGUGACCUCUCUGCGUGACCUUGGCCCCAUUCCCCGGACUUGCACUUGCUCUUGUUUCCUCUGGGUUUUAUAGUGUCUCGGCCCGGCCGCCCUGUGCGCAUAAAGGUGCAGAUGCUGCUGGCCCUGAAGGCCAUGUGUGACAGUGGUCUUGUGCUUAUUCACUUGGAGGCCCAGCCUGGGGGCGGGGGGCUGCGGACCCUUGGACCGCCCUGUACGCGAGAACGAGGAGGAGGGCGGUCACAGUUCAGCAGGGGCCGGUUAUGAGAGGAGGGAUGUGGGCUGGAUCGCGUGGUCGCGGGCCCAAAGCCAAGGAGGGUCCGGGCGAGGCGGGAGGAAGUCUGGGCCCGGAUGCGGCGGAGGCGCUGGGUCUCGGACCACGGUGGAC